UUUGGGGAUAUUUAACAGUGCGUGCCUUGCACAAGCGGCAAGCACACGACACCGGGGACGAGGCUCGGUGCAGCCGGGGGAUUGGACACCGAGGUGCUAAAUGCCCAGCCGGUCGCUUGCGGCUCCUCAGGCUGGGCGGCAACAUGAGGUCUUGGGUCCUGCUGCUGCUGCUAGCUGCGCUCUCAGCGGCUCGUCUGCGGCUCGGCAGCGCUGAGGGUGAACCGCUCCCCCCGUCGCUGGUCGACCUGGUGAGGAACUCGCCCAUCUCCUCUGUGGACGACCUGAAGCUGCUGCUGCAGCAGGAGACCAAUGCAAUAGAAGAGGAAGAAGACGAGCACGAUAUUCUCACAAACCACACCUAUGGCCGAUACACUAGAAGUCUUGUGGAGGCGCAGCCGGCCCAGCAGGCGGCGUGUAAAGUGCGAACAGAGGUGAUGGAGGUGACGAGGUCCAUGCUGGACCGCCGCAACGCCAACUUCUUGUUAUGGCCGCCCUGCGUGGAGGUGCAGCGAUGUUCAGGCUGCUGCAACACCAGGCUGCUGCAGUGUGUUCCCACCGUCACCUCCAGCAGAUAUCUGCAGGUGAUAAAGAUCCAGUACAUAAACAGGAAAGCUCACUAUGACAAAGCCAUCAUCUCAGUGGAAGACCACGUCAGCUGUAGAUGCCAACCACCCUCAACCUCCUCAUCCUCCUCGUCCUCUGCCACUGUCCCCAUCACGCACUCCUCCACUCAGAGCAACCCUCCUCCCCCUCCACCACAGCAGCAGCCUCCCCCAUCCUCCCACCUUCCCCUCCCGCGGACUGUCCACCCCGCUCCACCAAAGACUCACGCUUCUAAGGCUGACCUCCAUCGCCACGAUGACCUGAAGCACAACCAGCAGCACUACCACCCCGAGGAGCCGGUGGGGAGGCAGUGGCAGCAGGGCAGUUACACCCAGCUGGUGCACUGGACGCAGCCCAGGGUUCACCAGGCACCAACGCAUGUGCAGCACCAGCCAAUUGCUGGGGUGCUGACUCCAGUCAGCAGCUGGCCAUCUGAAGCGAGGGCGGAGCAUAGCGUCAUGGGAACUACACCGCAGGUCGGGCACGGGAGCGGGUACGACGGGAGCAAGGAGGAGGGCGGCGUGCAUGUAGCAAACAGCGGCGGUGAGGUGCAUCAUCCAGAUCACAUGCAGAGGCAGCAACAGUUGCUGCAGCAUCAGCAGAGACAGCCGUUUCAGCAGCAAUAUCAGUAUCGACAUCAGCCGCAUUUUCCACAGCAGUUUAACCACGGAGGAGCGGACGACCAAGAGCUGAGGACGCAAUAUCGACUCAACACCCCCCAAUCUGACAGCGCCUCUCCACCCGACAGUCCAACGCAGCCGCCCCAAUUACAACAAAAGCCCACCCCUCCUAUGACCACCAAUAAGAAAGACUCAGUGACCAACCAAAAAAUCACAGAGGUCACAAAACACAAACAGACUGAGACUGUGACAGCCAGUCAAAAAGAAGGGAACGAGAGGGAGGAGAGCGGGUCGGCCAACAGCGGGGACUCGGGCGGGGCGGAGCUCGCAAAUCAAGGGAAUGAAAAGGACUCAAAGUUGAGCAGCGGAGGUAGUCAUUUAACAGAGGAGGAGAGAAGACAGAAAGUUCUGGAGAUGAUACAGAGGGAACCGGAUCGACCGAUUCAUCUUCAUCCGCAUCAUCCACAGCAAAGACCAAAGCCGACAUCAUUUAAAGCAGCCCUCUCCACUGUGGCUCCCAUCCGGCCUGCAGCCCGUCAGGCCCCGUUCCGUCCAGCCUCGCCUCGCCGCAGGAGGAAACACCGCAAACGCAUCAGCAAGGCAGCCAUCAGAGCCAUGAUCAUGUAGAGCUGCGGAAAAUGGUAACCAAAAGCCAGACACAUUGCACCAAAGGAAUAUGGAGAGACCAGAAACAUGGGAUUCCUGAAUGUGGGGUGACUGACUUUGCGAACUGAUGCUGCCGAAUCGAAAGAGAUGAUGGCACAGCUUUAGAGAACGUCACAUUUCCUGCUCCAGAGCUGCCGCAGAGCGUCCAGCUUCAUGGAAAUAAUAAAAGUGCAAUCUUACGAACUCUUUGGAAUGGAGGAUAUCUGUCACACUAAACACUGGAUUUCAUUUGUAUGAACCACAAAUCCCAUUAAUGUGGGUUGAUGAAAGCUUAUCAGAUGCCCAAAGCUAGACUGGUGGUCUCUUCUUGCAGUUUGCAGCCAUUGAUUGGCCGCUUAAACACUUCUGACUUCUUGGUCCACAAAAGAAGGACUGGACUAUGACUUGGACUAAGAAGUAGUUAUUGGGCGCUAAAUGUGGAGCUCAAGAUGAAACUGGAGACGUGGAGAACUGGAUUUCUACACAUGGGACGAUAACUGGAAACUGGAGAGUGCAGCUCAGGCCUCAAUGCCAAACAUUACUGUUAUCCUACAAUGUCUGAAUCUAACUUUAUCUAACACUGGAGUAGCCAUACACUGAUCAUACUACAUUUACUAGAGAAGUGCUCGACCGUGUACUGUAGCUUAAUGUACUGGAAAAUAUCGAUAACCUGCUCAUUUUGUACUACUGCCAGAUCGAAAUGAAAUAACAACCAAAUGCCUGCCUAGAUAAUAUGCUAUGAAUAUCCACAUUAAAGCAAGUCUUAAAGACCUGGCUUUUAGAGAUCGCUGUGAGCCAGCUAUAGCCAACACUGUAUGUAUAAAUGCUUUUAGAAAAUGAUUCUGGGGGGGAGGGGAAGAAAAAAUUUUAUUUCUUAACUUAUUUAAAAAAAAGGAGGAUAUGAAGUCCUCCAGUUCUCAAGUGUAAUUAUUGUUGCAGACAUGUUUCAGAUUAUAAUUAUUGGUUGUACUGUU